AUGAUAAUGCAGAUACCUAAUGAAAUCGAUCGUAGUAGAAUUACUUCUGAGAUUGCGAAGAGUUCGUACUGUAAAGACAUUGGACUGACUGGUGAAUACGCCAUUUCCAAUGCAAUCAAAGUUCCGAAAUCACUAAUCAAAUCUGGCACAUUAGUGCAGUUUCGACCAAUGCCAAAAGUUUGUUCCAAACAGCAAUCACCUGAAAGUUGCUUUAACGCAACCACACCUAAAUUUAAAUGUUAUUGGUGUCCAGCUAUCAGCAAAUGUAGCAAUGGUCAAGAUAUUCACAUCCAGGAGUGGUUAGAAAAUGACUGUUAUAAAACA